GCCGGCGCCGAGCAAUCUUCUCAAGUUGAUGCAUGGCCAGCGACGCGAGUAAGCAUGGAGGAGGUGGAGGAGACCAGCAACCCGCCAUGAGGACGAACCGCGCCGGCUUCCCCAGGCUGUCCAUCUCCAGCAAAGGUCUCAUCCUGCUCCCACUCCUCCUCCUCGGCAUCAUCUACCUCGUCGUCUACCCCAAGGAUUUCGAGCUGCAGGCGCUCAUUGGCUCCUGCGGCCCGAGACUAGCGGCCACCUCCGCCGUCACUGCUAACGAGACUGCUGCUGCCCGCAAGCCCGACUUCCGGCUCCUCAUCGGCAUCCUGACCUCCGCCGACUUCUACGAGCGGCGCCACCUCCUCCGCAUGGUCUACGGCCGCCAGCUCGCCUCCACCUCCCCGACCCUCGCGGCGCAGAUCGACGUCCGCUUCGUCUUCUGCCGCCUGUCCACGGACGUCCAGCGGGUGCUCGUCCCGCUCGAGAUCCUCGCGCGCGGCGACAUCAUCGUGCUCGACGGCUGCGCGGAGAACAUGGACGGCGGCAAGACGCACGCCUUCUUCACCGCGGCGGCGUCCAUCUACGCUGACGCGCCCUACGACUACGUGAUGAAGGCCGACGACGACAUCUUCUUCCGGCUGCCGGAGCUGGCGGCGUCGCUGGGGGCCAUGCCGAGGGAGGACGCGUACUACGGCGCCACCAUCCCGUGCGGCAGCAGGGACACCCGGCGGGGGUGGUACAUGUCCGGCAUGGGGUACGCGCUGUCGUGGGACCUGGUGGAGUGGAUCGCGGCGGCGGAGGACGUGACGCGGGGGCGCACCGUCGGGACGGAGGACAGGAUGGUCGGGGAGUGGCUCAAGUCGGGCGGCAAGGCCAAGAACAGGUUCAACGCCAAGCCCGCCAUGUACGACCACCCGCUCUCGGUGCCGGCGACCGAGUGCGCGCACCAGCUCGUGCCGGACACCAUCGCCGUGCACCGCCUCAAGGACAACCCGCGCUGGGCGCAGACGCUCAGAUACUUCAACUUCACCGCCGGCCUCCAGUCUUCCAAGUUCUACAAGUUCGACUCCUAG